AGGAUUUAACUUAUACUCUUAGUCAAACCCUGGCAAAAGGUACCCGUUUACCCCUUAACUUUUCGAUUUUGAGGGUUUUUACCCUCCAUAUUACAAUACAUGAAUUUUUACCCUUCAUAUUUUCGAGUUUGAGGAAAUGAGGCAAAAUUUAACGCCGGAGCGUCACGUGCAGCACGUGCACCGUUGGCCUCCGUCAAGUGUGCACAUGUCAUCACCACCUCAGACUUUUUUUGACAACUUGGCAUGCCAACUUGGAACCACAUGAGCGGGAAAUCUACCUGUUAUCAAUUUUAUAUGUGGGUCCCACUGCUAACUAAAGGUUUUGAAAAAAAAAAGGUUAAAUCCUCAAUUCAGUCCCUUAACUUUUAUUUUUGAACUAAAUUUACCCUUGAACU